AAAGAAACACUCGAAGCCAUACAUACACAUGCACUGAAGUUACUGACUGAAUGCCUCGCUGCCUAAACAACCAACUAACUCACUGACUGAGAGACUUCAACAAAGCGAAGGAAGAGCCCAAGACGCAAGAGCAGGACAGCAACAAACGAAGCAGCGGCAAAAGAAGGAGUAGCAAAAGUAGCGGAGAAAAGGAGCAACCUAAAACCUUGACUAAUAACUGCAACUACAAGCAACAAGCAAAUCAAGAUAAAAGAGCAACCAAAAAACCAACUACAACAACAACAACUUACUUUAUACGCAACUAAAAAAAAUGAACAUAAAACAUACUUAAAUUUUUAAAUGCAAAAACUACGAGCAGCAAGCGCCACGCCAACAUUUUAAAUAAGCAAAAAAUAACUAAAAAAAAAAACCAAAAUCCAGCACAACUUCUCCUCUUUAUAAAACCAAAACAGAACACCGAAAAACCAAUAGCAGCCCCGACUUUUGCAACUUGCAAAUAAUUAGAAACCAAAAACCCAAACACAGCACCACCAUGAGUGAUUCAAGAAUGGACAAAUUGGCCAGAAUGGCGCCGCUGAACCGCACACCUCUGCUGACCAUCUGGCUGGCCAUCAAUGUGGCGCUGAUCGCACAGGAAACGGGCAACAAACGCAUCCACACAGUGCAGGCGGCCACUGGAGGUGGCAGCAUGCUGGGUGACGUAAACAUAUCCGCGAUACUCGACUCCUUUAGUGUUAGCUACGACAAAAGAGUAAGACCCAAUUAUGGUGGUCCCCCUGUGGAGGUUGGCGUCACAAUGUAUGUCCUCAGUAUCAGUUCGGUUUCGGAAGUUCUCAUGGACUUCACAUUGGAUUUUUACUUUCGUCAAUUUUGGACCGAUCCUCGUUUAGCGUAUAGAAAACGACCUGGUGUAGAGACACUGUCGGUUGGAUCAGAGUUCAUAAAGAAUAUUUGGGUACCUGACACCUUUUUUGUAAAUGAAAAACAAUCAUAUUUUCACAUUGCAACAACCAGUAAUGAAUUCAUACGUGUGCAUCAUUCUGGAUCGAUAACAAGAAGUAUUAGAUUGACUAUCACCGCAUCGUGUCCGAUGAACCUGCAAUAUUUCCCAAUGGACCGGCAGCUGUGCCACAUUGAAAUAGAAAGCUUCGGUUACACGAUGCGAGAUAUCCGAUAUUUCUGGAGAGAUGGACUGAGUAGUGUUGGCAUGAGCAGUGAGGUCGAAUUACCGCAGUUCCGUGUCUUGGGACACAGGCAGAGGGCGACCGAAAUAAACCUAACCACAGGAAACUAUUCGCGUUUAGCCUGCGAAAUUCAGUUCGUGCGCUCGAUGGGCUACUACCUUAUACAAAUCUACAUACCCUCUGGACUGAUCGUUAUUAUAUCAUGGGUAUCAUUUUGGCUCAAUCGCAAUGCAACGCCGGCGCGUGUGGCGCUCGGUGUGACAACCGUGUUGACAAUGACCACUUUGAUGUCGUCAACAAAUGCAGCGCUGCCAAAGAUUUCGUACGUCAAAUCGAUUGACGUCUAUCUGGGAACAUGCUUCGUUAUGGUCUUUGCCAGUCUACUGGAAUACGCCACCGUCGGCUACAUGGCAAAACGAAUUCAAAUGCGAAAACAAAGAUUUAUGGCGAUCCAAAAGAUAGCCGAGCAGAAAAAGCAACAGCUCGACGGGGCCCAGCAGCAGGCCAAUCCAAAUCCGAACGCAUCCAUGGGGAUGGGUGGAGGAGGUGGCGGUGGCGUUAACGCCGGUGGAGGCGGCGUCGGUGGUGGCGUUGGUGUCGGCGUUGGCGUUAACGUCGGCAUGGGCAUGGGUCCUGAGCAUGGGCAUGGGCAUGGUCACCAUGCCCACAGCCAUGGUCAUCCGCAUGCGCCCAAACAAACAGUGAGUAACCGCCCAAUCGGCUUUUCCAAUAUCCAACAAAACGUUGGUACGCGCGGUUGCUCGAUAGUGGGACCCUUGUUCCAGGAGGUGAGAUUCAAGGUCCACGACCCGAAGGCCCACUCCAAGGGCGGGACCCUGGAGAACACGGUGAACGGUGGUCGAGGCGGCCCCCAAUCCCACGGACCCGGACCAACGCCCGGCGGCGGUGGACCCGGUGGCGGCGGCGGCGGUGGUGGUGGUGGAGGUGGCGGACCGCCAGAUGGCGGUGGCGAUCCCGAAGCAGCGGUCCCAGCCCACUUAUUGCAUCCCGGCAAAGUAAAAAAGGUAAAGGACAUCAACAAACUGCUGGGCAUCACGCCCUCGGAUAUUGACAAGUAUUCGCGCAUUGUGUUCCCUGUGUGCUUUGUCUGCUUCAACCUGAUGUACUGGAUCAUCUACCUGCAUGUGAGCGACGUGGUCGCCGAUGAUCUGGUGCUGCUCGGCGAGGAGUAAAGAGUGCGUCGAGGGUGCUCCAGGAUCACCAGGAACAGGAGUGAACAGCGCACGAGAGAGUCAAACUGUGCAAGGCGCUGAAAAACCACACAAAAACGAAGAAGGAAAACCACAAAAAAACAAAAACCAAACCAAAAAUAAAGAAGCGGAAACAAAACUAAUUUUAACUAGCGAUACGAAGGAAUACAAGACAACAAGUUAUUGUUUAAUACUAAUGGACACACACACAUAUUUAAAGGUGGACAGCAAAGCAUAUUGUUAAAUAGAUUUACACAAAGCGGAAAAAACAACAAAGCAUUAGAAUUAACACGGAAAAAAAUGAAUAUAAAUGAAAAAUGAAUGAAGAAUAAUCAAAAGCAACAGAUUAGCAAAAUGUAGUGAAAAUUAUAUAAACGAAAGGUUUAAGCGAACAUGUUGAAAAAGGGAUUUAAAAACCAUUAAAACCACAAAUAUAAACGAUCAAAAAUCAUACGCAAUAUAGACAUUAAAGAAAAGUGAAGAGAGGAAAGUGAAAGUGAAAUCGAAUGAGAAAGAGAUUACUAAGGAGAUUAGAAACUACAAAAUAGCGCAGUCGAUAAAGUUGAUUUCAAAGUUGACCACAAAGUUAAACAACACACAGUACAUAUAGUAGAAGAAUUAACCAAAACGAAUGAAUUAUAUAGACCAUACUCUAGGAUGAAUGAUUUCCAUUAUCUUUGCGGAGUUUUGUGCUUAAGUUUAAGUACCGAAACACCCUUUGCUUCCCACUUCAAAAGCAAAACACCCAGAGAGUCUUCCUCUAAUUUAAGUGCGUUUUUUCCCUCAACCCGCCCACCUCCAACUUCAGCAGCACGCUCUCCGAAUCGAACCAAUAGGUAGAGAUCAGAACCAGAAACUUAACCCAAAAUUUGGUACAUCGAUUCUAGUUUGAUUGCCCAUUCAGUUGGUUUGAUUGAUUUGUUUAUUCAGAACUGACUUAGCGCUUCCAAGUGAAAUGGCCAAAUUUAUUAGAAAAUCAAAACGUAAGGCGAUGAACAAAUUUCGACAAUUGAGAAACAAUUUAGCAAAUCUUUUUGAUUAAGUUAACUUUAAAUACACAGAGAAACACACACACACACACACACACACACACACAUAAAAUAACCAUUCGACUAGAGUCGAAUUGGUGGGGAGGAGAAAGAGAGUUUUAAUCAUUUUGCACACCAGAAUAAUAAAUGGGGAAAACCCAAGAAAUACUACGAAUUACUUUGGAGCGCACCUUUUAUAAAGAAGCAAGCUGGCAAGCUGGCAAGCUGGCAAGCUGUCAAGCAUCGUGGAUAAGUCAUACAAAUAGUUAGUGCAAUUGAAAUAGCUAAAUAAUACAUAAUAGGAACGAUAAUGUUUCAUUUUAGUUACACCAAACAAAUUUUUGAUAACAACUUUAAACUUUAACGAACAAAGAACAAAUUAUUCAAAUUGCACUCACUCAAACAAUCCACUCACUCACUGACUCACUCACUUACCAAUAUGAUGGAUGCUCCACACAAGAAUCAAACUCAAGAACUUUUCGAAGACAAUUUUGCGGCACCAUUUAAGAAAUCAAUCUAAGGUCUACAUAAGUGAGAAAACCCAAUAAGAGAAAAAUACAAGUAAAUUUAAAGGAAAUACAAAAUACAGAAAAAUAUAACAUAGAGAGCAUAGAGCAUAGAAAUAUGUGUACACAAGUAAUGAAUGAAUGAAAACUGCCUAAGAACAUAGUAUUUAAGUCUAACAAAUAGUUGCCUAAACAAUAGGAGAAGGGGAUUGAGAAUUGAUUUCCAAUUUGUAUAUAAGAAGGAGGAGGAGGCUAAAUACUCGAUACAUACUCAUCAACAGCAGAAAGCAAACGCAAAAGCAAAAGCAAAUGCAAAGUAGGAGCAAAACUUCGCAAUUGAAUUAAAACUUAGUUAAUGUAAUUAAAUCUAGUUAAGCGAUUAACUCGGAUACGUUCAAGCAGUCAAUAAAGCGAUUAACAUACAAAUGAUACUUACGAGUGCACCGUCUUAAGUUAGCCUAAUGAACAAAUAAAGACAGAGACACAAACACAGACA